CCGCCGUCCAAUCAGGAGCAGGGAACGCGGGUGCGGUUUAUGACAGACCCGGAAAUGCACCAAUAGCCUCCCAGAUGCGGCCAACUGUCCGCCUCUUCACGGACGUCUUGUUGAAGGAAGUAAAGUCUGUCAAACAUGAGUUUCCACUACGGACAGGGCUAUCCAGGAGGAGGCAACCCACCACCAAGUGCUCCAUACGGGGGAGGCGCUAGUCCCUAUGGGCAAUCCCCAUCAGCUCCAUACGGAGGUGCACCACGUCAACCAGCAGCUCAUUAUGGUGCUUACGGAGCCCAGGGUCAAGGAGGGCAGUAUGGGCACGGACAAGGGGGUGCCCCUGCCGGGCAUUAUGCGGGUUACGGUGGACAGCCUCACGGAGGACAGCCUCAUGGAGGACAGCCUCAUGGAGGACAUUAUGGACACCACGCUCCUGCAGGUAACAUCCCUCCUGGUGUUAACCAAGAGGCAUACCAGUGGUUCCACACCGUUGACACGGACCACAGUGGCUUCAUCAAUCUCAAAGAGCUGAAGCAGGCACUCGUCAACUCCAACUGGUCUGCUUUUAAUGACGAGACCUGCCUCAUGAUGAUCAACAUGUUUGACAAGACGCGGUCAGGUCGAAUGGACCUGUUUGGCUUCUCGGCGCUGUGGGAUUUCAUGCAGCGGUGGAGAGCGCUCUUUCAGCAGUACGACAGAGACCGCUCAGGCACCAUCAGCGGCACGGAGCUACACCAAGCCCUCGCUCAGAUGGGCUACAACCUGAGUCCCCAGUUUUCCGAGACGCUGGUGCGACGCUUCCCCACGCGAGGCGGACGACCCGGCAUCCAGCUGGACCGCUUCAUCCAGGUGUGCACCCAGCUCCAGAGCAUGACGCAAUUCUUCAGGGAGAAAGACACGACCAUGACGGGCCACAUCCGCCUUAACUACGAGGAUUUCCUCUCCGGGGCCGUUGGCAGGCUCAUGUGAGCCUCUGCACUGUGAGAUUCACAGCAUCAUUCCCAUGUUCAGGUCCUAUUUUGCUCAGUUUUCAAAGCUUUACCAUAAGUGCCCCCACCUGUCGGUAUCUAUACAGCAUAUCAGCCAGAACACAUUAUUCCAUGUAGGGCUGUCCUCGACCAAAUCAAUUUUUAGUCCACUAAUGCAUACGAUUUUGUCGACUAAUCGAUUAGUUGAUUUAAUUAACGUAUCUGUGAGUUCUUCCACAAAGAAUCACACAAAAGCACCCACUUAAAAUCUUGCGUUUGUGCUCAUAAGUUUCUUGGAAAUAAGUCAUUCAGCAUGAAAAAGCAUAAAAAACGACUAAUUGACAAAAGAAAUCUUAGUCGACUAAGACCAAAACGACCGAUUAGUCGACUAAUCGAUUAAGAGGGGACAGCCCUAAUUCCAUGGCUUAUUGCUGUAAGUAGGUAAAGCCUUACAUCAUGUACUUGAAUGCAGUUCAGUGGCUAUUAUAAAGGUAGCUAAAGCCUUUACUGGAUGGCUUAACUUUCACCAGGGGGUCAGCAGCAGGCUGUGAAAGUGUUUUUGAAGUUGACUGAUGCUAUGCUGAGUCAUAAUCUUACCAUAUAUGCCUUGGUGACAGUUAGAACGUUUCCUGUUUACUAGUACCAGUAUUUGAUUGAAUAGUUUAACUGAGAUACAAGAGUCACUGAAUGUUGACUUGACAAUCCCCUGAGCCAAAUAUCUGUCAGGGCUGAAUCACUGUGUAAAGACUUGACUAGGAAGUCAACUGCUUGACAAAAUUAUGCUGAACAGCAAAUUCAAACCUUGUGAAUCUGCUCACAUGCAGCAUUAACAUGUUCCCGUGCCAUUAAAACGAUAGCCUUUUAAAUGUACGUAUAUCAGGAACAUUCAGCAUUUCCAGAGGGUAUUUCCAUGCAAUAGUUGCACAUUGUAUUGAACAUUGCUUUGCAUUCUGAUGUGUGUAAUUAAGCAAAAAAAUCUUAAUUAUUCUACUCUCACAAGUUUUGCUACAUUGCACUCGUGUAAGCCAGUAUCAACCAUAAAUAAAAAAAACCUGUGGCCAAAGGAUAAGUGACCCCAAAAGCACUAGAAAAGUGUUCCCCAUUAUGUUUGCCACUUUCCCCUCAAUGAAAUGGGAUCUUCAGUGAUCAUGAGGUCUGUACUUUAAUAGAUAUGUUUUGAAAUCAGUAAACAUGAACAAAAUGGUUCUUCAUGCCAAAAACAAAUAAAUGCUUUUCUAUCACA